AGUACCCGGUAUAGUUAAGGGAGUUGUUACUAUCGGGUACUCCGUAGUUCUGGAAAGGUGCCCGUCAUCCUUACCAAUGUUAAAUCCUUCCACAAGUACCGCUGGGGCUGCAGCAGCACGAUUUAUUCUAGCUAGCAAAUACCGCCAUGGAAGCUGGUAGUUCACCACAGGACAUCCAUAGAGAUUUGAUAAUGUGGCUCAAUGAUCGUAUAACAGAAAGCCAGUUAAAGAAUAUUAAAUAUUAUUUACAAGAUGAACUAGGAGAAGGGAAACUGGAGAAAGUUCAAGAUUUCUUGGACCUAGCCAAUAUCUUGGAAGAUAUAUGUAAAAUUUCUGUUGCCAAGUACAGCUACCUCAAGAAAAUUCUAAAAGCAGCAAAUGCUGAGAAAUUAGUUAAAAAGGUAGAAGAGAGAGAAAGGGAGAUAAUGAAGAAAAGGAAUAAAAAAACGUCUGAGGGGCCACCAAAUUACCAACAGGAGUUUUCCUAUGAGAGACAAGAUGAGCCAACAGCCAGCACAUCAAAGCAGGAAAGCACUGAUAGUACCAAAAGCCCUGAGCAAGGUUUAAGGUCCCAUCAAUUAAAAGGGGCAGGUCAGGAAAAUGACAAAACAUGGGAGACCAUCGUCCGUGGACGGUUUCAUAAAAAUUAUGCAAAACGUUUGCUCUUUAGGCAUGAAAAUGAUCUCGCUGAUAUAUAUAGUCUGUUGGGUGAGCUAAAAGAUAGUAUGAAGUUCUGUGAAGAUUUUGAAAUUAUUUUUGCCCAUUACCUAAAGCUGCUUGACAAGGAACUUGAAAAAAAUGGUGUGGAAAGUGAAAAUUAUAUUCGAUCACAUGUUACAGGUACAACAGAAAGCAUCCAAGACAAGUUGGAAAUUCAUAAGACUUUAAUAGAUAUGAAGGGAAAGUUGGAAAAAUGUCUUUUUGAAAGAAUUAAGGUUGCAGUUGCAGACAAAUAUCCUCUCUCUCCUGAAGAGUUUAAAUUGUUGAAAGAGAAAUAUCCUACAGAACAACUGUGCCCACCAGAUCCAAAACUGAAAAACAAAAGCAAAAUCUAUGCUUUACUGCAUCAGGUUUUUAGUAAUCCCACCGACCCUACAGGUUUGGACUUGAAAGCUCCAACAGAGUUGGAAUUUGAUAUGACUGGUCGUAUGGAACCCACACAUGACAAAAAAAGGAUUUAUCGCUGUGGUGAGAUGAAGAGGAAACUAUCAAAUCAUUAUGGUGAAGCCAAAAAACAGUUUAGAAGAAGACUGAAGUUAAUGGCAUUUAUUUGGUCUUGUGCUGGCUUGACCAUCACCGAUGCCAUAUGUACCGUUUAUUAUCAGACUGGACCAGAUGACAGGACACAGCAAGCUGAAGAGGAAGACAUUUAUUACACAUUUGAGCAUGUAGAUGGUGUGCCCUGUAUCAAGUUUUAUGAGAAGGAGCAGAAGGAUGGUAAAAAAAUCAAAGUUUCCAUCAACAAAGAGAAAAUAGAAUAAAUUGUCCAACUUUUAAGACUUUCAAAUGGUGGGUUUUAUCAAAACACUGCAUGAGGUAGUGUUUGACCAAAAGACAUCAAAGAGUGGUAACGACUAAAUCAUGUACAUCAUCUAUACAGUGGCAUGUUAUUAAUUAUUUACAAUGUAUAUAUAAUAUUCAGUGUAAAAAUGUGCAAAUCAGUUUUAAAAAUCAAAACCACUGUAAAAAAUGCAAAAAGAGGAAAUGUCAAUAAAUAUAUAUAUGCAAGGUUUUGUACACUCUGUUUCAAGUUUAUCUUUUCAUUAAGAGAGCAUAAAUUCUUCAACAAAAGGAAACUGAACUGCCUCAUUUAUGUAAUUUAUUACUAUCAAAACAAUACUUCAAUCAUGACUGGAGCUGUUUAUUGGUUUCACCACAAAAAUCCAUCAGUCACUGUUAUCUAUUAGACCCUUAAAAUAAACUUACAGUAUACAAUUAAAGGCAGCUUAUGCUAGUUCAUUAAACAAUCCAUCUCUGUGAAUAGGUUUCUUACAAAGGACACAACUUGCAUCAAAACCAUUUAUUUUCAUAAAGACCUGCUUUUCAAAAAAAAAAAAAAAAGGGAAACUAAAAUAUAGUAGAGCUUAACUCACAGUUUAACUUAUUAACCUUGAGCCAAACUACAAAUAAUUGUGAAAUUGUA